AUGAGCCAUCAAAGCACACCCCACCUAAAUAACAAACGUACCCCUGGCCGACUGGCCUCAGACACCCCCGGCCAGAUGAACAGCUCCACAUUCAGCGAGGCCGCGCGGCCCGUGCUCAACUCGUCGCGUAGCGUGUGCGAUACGCUGGCGGCGUCGGCCAAGCAGUUGUUGAACGCCUACAUCUACGAGUUCUUGAUCAAGAACACGUUGCCGCAAACGGCCAAGUGUUUCGUGUCCGAGGCCGACGUGCCCUCCGUGCCGUACGACCUGAGCCACCUGCUGACCCGGACUUCUCCCCUUCUCGCGGGCGGCGAAAAAGAUGUGUCUGGUACACCUCAGACGCCUGCGGUGUCUGUCAACCAGCUUCUGGAGGACCACAAUAUUCCCAACUUGGCCGUGAGCAUGGAGUCGCCCCAGGGCUUUUUGUACGAGUGGUGGCAUGUCUUCUGGGACAUUUUCCAGGCCUCCAAUGGCCGCAGAGCCUCCAACGUGGCUACCCAAUACCAUCAAAUGCAGUCGUUCAAACAGAGACAGCUCGAGCUCCAACAGAUGGAAAGCGCUCAAAACAUGGCGAAUAUGGCUUCGUUGAUUCUGACCCAACAGCACGUCCAGAUCCCAACCCACUUGCAAGGCCCAAUGCCCCUUAUCGCAAACCCGGGCCCCAUUCCAAUGCAGCAACAACAACAAUUCCAACGUCCUCCACAACAGCAGCCGCUCCAGCAGCAGCCUCAACCUCAACAGCUUUCACAACAGCCGCAACAACAAGGAAGCCAGCCCAACCAGCCUAAUCAGCCCAACCAGCCCAGUCAGCAACAGCAGCAACAACAAAUGCAGCAGCUCGACUCCAGACAGCGGUACAUGAUGCAGAUGAUGAUGAAGCAGCAACAAGCUCAACAGGCCCAUCAGCAAGCUCAACAGGCGCAACAGGUCCAGCAAACCCAGCAAUCGGGCCAGAUCCCCCAGGGGUCUCAACUUCAACCUCUGCUGCUGCAGUCCCUCAACCUUCAACAGCAUCCAAACCAACAGCUGCAGCCCCAACAACCACAACAGCUGCAACAAAUCCAACAAUCUCAACAACAAUCUCAACAACAAUCUCAGCCCAUGAACCAAUCCCUCAAUCAGCAGCAAGGUAUGCAGCAACCUCUACAUCAAUCCCAACAACAACGUCCUAUGCUGAAUUUCCAGCAACAAAAUCAGCCCGGCCUUAUGCAACAGGGUUCGGAGCAACAAAUGAACACCAUGGGUAUGAACGGAAACAUGCUGCUGCAACCAAUGUAUAUGCAACAACAUGAUCCGCAAAACAGAAUACAACAACAAGCACAAUCACAGAUGAACAAUUUGCGACAGCAAGUAGCUGCCCUGCAGCAACCCAUGCAAGGAAUGGCGCCAACAGGAGUAAUCGUUUCCAAUCCUGGUGUCAAUGGUAGAGACAGCGAAGGCUCGCCCAUUACCAAUCCUCGCAUGAAUGGUGCUCGAAGCAGGAUGGUUUCCCUGCAAGGAGUUCAACUACAGUUUCCACAACAAAAUAUGGAAACUGACAAUACACUUUUCGCACAACAGCCAGUUGGCCAGAAUUUAGUGCACAUGUCCAAUAAUCCUAAUAGUAUCCCUAACGGUAACGGCACCAUGAACGGAGCCAAUGUUAAUCUAAACAUGGCGCAGAUGGGUCAAUCAAUGCUGCCAGCUAGCAAUCUGAACGCACUUCAGGAUUACCAAAUGCAGCUCAUGUUGUUGGAAAAGCAAAAUAAAAAACGCUUGGAUAUUGCCCGCGUGACAGGAGGUACUGACGGAAAUGGAAUACAAAUGAGUAUACCUGUCGGACAACCACCGCACAUGAAAGCAUCUCCUGUACCAUCGCCAAGUCUGAACACAAAAUCGUCGCCUAAUCCUAACUCCCUUGCCAGUACCAAAAAACCAGUCAAGAGAAAUCGCAAGUUGAGCGCUUCCUCGAACGCAGCCUCACCCCACACAUCUGCUCCCUCAGACGGUCCAAACAACGGAUCCAACAGCAGAGCUGCAUCUAAUGCUCCUAAGAAAGAGUAUGUUUCGCCCCUCACUCCAGCAGCAGAGUCUGAUUCCAAAAAGAAGCGCAAGAAUACUGGAGGUGAGGCUACGACAAAGAAAGCUGCUAAGCCUGCUGUGAAGAAGGAGAAAGCUACACCAAAGUUGAAGAAGGCCGUCGAGAAGGGAGACGCCGAAACUAACGAUUCGACAGAGAAAAAGCUGGAUUCCUCGGAUUCUUCUAAGAUGCCUCCUCCUCCUCCUGGCGGAUCCUUCUACCAAAAUAUCGGCAACGAGAAGGUGAUGAAUGUUGAUAUUUUGGGCAGCGGUGGCAAUCCAUCUGAAGGCAACUUUUUCGGAACAGGAGGCAAUUCGAGCAUCGAUGAUGUGGACUUCGGAUUCAAUCUGUUUUUGGAUGGCGGAGACGUUGGACUCAAUGACGAUUUAACUGGCUUCAAUUGGGGAAAUCCAAUUGAAGGCAAUGACUAA